AUGAUCAAAUGUUUCGUAGAAAAUUGUCUGCAGGAUUUCUCUACCACAAACGAAUAUGUUGCACACCUUAAAAACCACAAUUUGAACAAACCUUAUAUAUUAAAAUGUACUUUUGAAUGCUGCCCUCAAGUACUAUCAUCGUUUUACAAAUUUCGGCGCCAUUUGAAAUCACAUCUACUCGAAAGAAUGGAGCAAGCAGAUCAAAAUCCACGAACUUCUAAGCAAUCGAAAAAUGAAUAUCAAGAAGCUGAAGAAAGAAUGGAUACCGGUGACAAUGAAGUGGCUCUACCAUCAACAUCCACGCAGACUGCCACCAUGCACUUGCAGAAUUCUCUAAGCAGUUUGGAUCGUCUAGCUAUCAAUUUCGUCAUUGAUCUACACAGGAAAAGAAACUUCAAUCGCAAGGAUGUAACAGAUAUUUUGAAAGGCGUACAUUCCGUGUAUUCAAAUAUAGGACGGCUAAUCAGUACAGCAGCACCAACAUCACAGGAUGUACAACAACAAUAUGUAUUUGAUAUGUAUGUGCGAAAAGUAUCAAAUAUUUUCGAAUUUAUUGAUACUGAACAUAAAUUAUUCAAGUAUUUAGAAGAAGCUGAUCUGUACAAGAAACCUAAUGUUUAUGUUAUACAUAUCGAUAAAGUAGAGUUAUACAGUGAUAGAAAUGUAGAAACUCCUGAAAAAAGAACGUAUUUGACCAUGAGUAAUGUAAAAUAUCAAAUAAGAAAAUUUUUUGAGCUAGGAAAUGUUCUAGAAAAAACAUUAGAACAUAUGGAAAACCUACAAAAAUCUGCGAGACUCGAAAAUUUUGUUAAUGGGGCAUUGUUUAAAACUGUUGAAGCUAAAUGUCCUGAGAAAAUCAUCAUUCCAAUAUUUUUUUAUAGUGAUGAAUUCGAGAUAAACGAUCCACUUAGCGCCCAUAAUAAAAGGCAUUCAAUUUGUGCCCUUUAUUACAGUUUUCCAACACUACCAACUUCUUACACUGCGAAAUUGUCAAACAUUUUCGUUGCUGGAGCUAUAAAAAAAAUUGACAUUUCACAACAUGGAGUUGAUAAAUUGAUAGGACACGUCAUAGACACAUUUAAGGAAAUUGAAUCUAAUGGAAUUGUGAUCAAUACGAGGAACCACGAGUAUCGCGUCCAUUUUCCACUUAUGUUAGUUCAAGGUGAUAAUCUUGGUUUGCAUCAAAUGUUGAAGUUUUCGGGAUCCUUUACCGCUAAUUUAUACUGUAGAUUCUGCCGAAGAACCAAAGAUUAUUUACGAUUCGACAUAGUGGAGCAUGAAGAUAGUCUUCGAGAUGUUGAUAAUUAUAACAUAGAUGUACAGCAGAAACAAUCAGUGUCAGGAUUGACUGGAAAAUCAUUAUUCAACUCCCUAGAAUCAUUUCAUACUGUUUCAAACUUCUAUGCUGACAUUAUGCACGACUUUUAUAGUUCUGGAGUGUGCUCAUUUGGUUUCACUGAAGUGCUUAAUUAUUGCAUAUAUAUAAAAAAAAUGUGCACUCUUGUUCAAAUUAACAGCAGACGAAAACAACUGAACAACUACCGCUUAGAGCAAGGUUUAAGUAGAAUGCCAGAUAUUGAUGAAACAUACAUGAAAUCUCAGAAGAAAAAAACAGUAAUUUUGCGAAUGACAGCUAGCGAAAUGGCGGUUUUCGCAAACUUCUUUUCCUUUAUAGUUGGACCGUUUGUUCCCUUGAACGAUCCGGUUUGGAAAUUUGCCAUAACUUUGACUUGA